AUGAUGAUUACAUGGCCAAGGUUUGGGCCAGGGCAGCUCUGUGGAGGGGGAGCAUUCUGGCUGCUCACUCCUGCCCCUGCCCCGUGGCACAGGCUGCUGGUGGGCGCUCCCCAGGCCCUGGCUCUGCCUGGGCAGCAGGCGAACCGCACUGGAGGCCUCUUCGCUUGCCCCUUGAGCCUGGAGGAGACUGACUGCUACAGAGUGGACAUUGACCAGGGAGCUGAUGUGCAGAAGGAGAGCAAGGAGAACCAGUGGUUGGGAGUUAGUGUUCGGAGCCAGGGUCCUGGGGGCAAGAUUGUUACCUGUGCGCACAGAUAUGAGGCCAGGCAGCGAGUGGACCAAAUCCUGGAGACGAGGGACGUGAUCGGUCGCUGCUUUGUGCUAAGCCAGGACCUGGCCAUCCGGGAUGAGUUGGAUGGUGGCGAGUGGAAGUUCUGUGAGGGGCGCCCCCAGGGCCACGAUCAAUUUGGGUUCUGCCAGCAGGGCGCGGCCGCUGCCUUCUCCCCUGACAGCCACUACCUCCUCUUUGGGGCCCCAGGAACCUAUAACUGGAAGGGCACUGCCAGGGUGGAGCUCUGUGCGCAGGGCUCAGCGGACCUGGCCCACCUGGACGACGGGCCCUACGAGGCGGGGGGUGAGAAGGAGCAGGACCCCCGCCUCAUCCCGGUCCCUGCCAACAGCUACUUUGGUUUCUCCAUCGAUUCGGGGAAGAGUCUGGUGCGUGCCGAGGAACUGAGCUUCGUGGCAGGGGCCCCCCGGGCAAACCACAAGGGGGCUGUGGUCAUUCUGCGCAAAGACAGUGCCAGUCGCCUGGUGCCCGAAGUUAUGCUGUCAGGGGAGCGCCUGACCUCCGGCUUUGGCUACUCGCUGGCGGUGGCUGAUCUCAACAACGACGGUUGGGCAGACCUGGUAGUGGGUGCCCCCUACUUCUUUGAGCGCCAAGAAGAGCUGGGGGGUGCCGUGUAUGUGUACAUGAACCAGGGGGGUCACUGGGCUGAGGUCUCCCCGCUUCGGCUCUGUGGCUCCCCCGACUCCAUGUUUGGGAUCAGCCUGGCUGUCCUCGGGGACCUCAACCACGAUGGCUUCCCAGAUAUCGCAGUGGGCGCUCCCUUUGAUGGGGAUGGGAAAGUCUUUAUCUACCACGGGAGCAGCCUGGGGGUUGUCAUCAAACCUUCCCAGGUGCUGGAGGGCGAGGCCGUGAGCCUGAAGAGCUUCGGCUACUCCCUGUCGGGCGGCCUGGACGUGGAUGGGAACCAUUACCCUGACCUGCUGGUGGGCUCCCUGGCCGACACUGCUGUGCUCUUCAGGGCCAGGCCUGUCCUCCACGUCUCCCACGAGGUCAUCAUUGCUCCACGAGCCAUUGACCUAGAACAGCCCAACUGUGCUGGCGGCCACUUGGUCUGUGUGGACAUAAGAGUCUGUUUCAGCUACAUGGCAACCCCCAGCAGCUACAGCCCUAUUGUGGCCCUGAAUUAUGUGCUAGACGGGGACACAGACCGAAGGCUCCGGGGCCAGGUUCCCCGUGUGACCUUCCUGAGCCGUGGCCCAGAUGACCCUAAGCACCAGGCCUCGGGCACCGUGUGGCUGAAACACCAGCAUGACCGAGUCUGCGGAGACACCAUGUUUCAGUUACAGGAGAAUGUCAAAGACAAGCUUCGGGCCAUUGUGGUGACCCUGUCCUAUAGUCUGCAGACCCCUCGGCUUCGGCGACAGGUUCCUGGCCAGGGGCUGCCCCCAGUGGCCCCCAUCCUCAAUGCCCACCAGCCCAGCACCCACCGAGCAGAGGUCCACUUCCUGAAGCAAGGCUGUGGUGAAGAUAAGAUCUGUCAGAGCAAUCUGCAGCUGGUCCACGCCCGCUUCUGUGCCCGGGUCAGCGACACGGAGUUCAAGCCUCUGCCCAUGGAUGUGGAUGGGACAACAGCCCUGUUUGCACUGAGUGGGCAGCCAUUCAUCGGCCUGGAGCUGAAGGUCACCAAUUUUCCCUCGGACCCAGCACAGCCCCAGGCUGAUGGGGACGAUGCCCAUGAAGCCCAGCUGCUGGUCAGCCUCCCUGCCUCUCUGCACUACUCAGGAGUGCGGGCCCUGGAUCCUGCGGAGAAGCCCCUGUGCCUGUCCAAUGAGAAUGCCUCCCGUGUUGAGUGUGAGCUGGGGAACCCCAUGAAGAGAGAUGCCCAGAUCGCCUUCUACCUCAUCCUCAGCACCUCAGGAAUCACCAUUGAGACCACAGAGCUGGAGGUGGAGCUGCUAUUGUCCACGAUCAGCGAGCAGGAGCUGCACCCCGUCUCUGCCCGGGCCAAUGUCUUCAUUGAGCUGCCACUGUCCAUUACGGGGGUGGCCAUUCCCCAGCAGCUCUUCUUCUCCGGCGUGGUGCGGGGUGAAAGUGCCAUGCGGUCUGAGCGGGAUGUGGGCAGCAAGGUCAAGUAUGAGGUCACGGUCUCCAACCAGGGCCAGUCACUCAACACCCUUGGCUCUGCCUUCCUCAACAUCAUGUGGCCCCACGAGAUUGCCAACGGGAAGUGGCUGCUGUACCCCAUGCGGGUGGAGCUGGAGGGCGGGCAGGGCCCUGGGCAGAAGGGACUCUGUUCCCCCAGGCCCAACUUUCCCCACAUCCAGGAUGUGGACAGCAGGGACAGGAGGCGUCGAGAGCUGGAGCAGCCGGAGCAGCCGGAGCAGCAGGUGCCUCCUGAGCAGCAGGAGCCCAGCACAUCCUGGUGGCCAGUGUCCUCUGCUGAGAAGAAGAAAAACAUCACCCUGGACUGCGCCCGGGGCACCGCCAACUGCGUGUUGUUCAGUUGCCCACUCUACAGCUUCGACCGCGCGGCUGUGCUGCAUGUCUGGGGCCGCCUCUGGAACAGCACCUUCCUGGAGGAGUACUCAGCUGUGAAGUCCCUGGAAGUGAUUGUCCGAGCCAACAUCACCGUGAAGUCUUCCAUCAAGAACUUGGUGCUCAGAGAUGCCUCCACAGUGAUCCCAGUGAUGGUGUACUUGGACCCCGUGGCCGUGGUGGCAGAGGGAGUCCCCUGGUGGGUCAUCCUCCUGGCUGUCCUGGCGGGGCUGCUGGUGCUGGCGCUGCUGGUGCUGCUCCUGUGGAAGAUGGGAUUCUUCAAGCGGGCGCGGUACCCCGAGGCCACCGUGCCCCAGUACCACGCGGUAAAGAUCCCGCGAGAAGACCGACAGCAGUUCAAGGAGGAAAAGACGGGCACCAUUCUGAGGAACAACUGGGGUAGCCCCCGGCGGGAGAGCCCCGAUGCACACCCCAUCCUGGCUGCUGACGGGCACCCCGAGCUGGGCUCCGACGGGCACCCUGUGCCAGGCACUGCAUAGCCUCCUGGGUCCCAGCGUGGCCCGUGUGUCCCCUCCAUCCCUUCCCCAGAGAUGGCGCCUCAGGAUGAAGAGGGCAGAGUGGGCUGCUGGUGUCCCAGCAGGAUUUUCAGGAUCUGUUUCCUCAGAGGCAUAGACCUCUCCCCCCCAAACUUCCCCUUAGAACACUGUGAGAGGAGAGGGGAAAUCAGGAAUAGGGUUGCGGGGUAGGGUGAGAAGGGCGGCGAUGUCCUGAUGCAAGGUGGGGCUAAUCUCUCCCGCUCCCAUUCCCCUAGCAUAACAGGACCCCAAGGACCUGUCUCCCCAAAAGUGCCUUAGCCCAGAAGGUUGGGGAGGAGGUGGCGUUGCUGACUCAGGGGCUCUUCCCUCCCUCGUUUCCCCUCUCCUCUGACCUUAGUUUGCUGCAUCAAUCUAGUGGAUUUUGUUUAUUUAUUAAAAAAAUAUUUGG